CAGACAGCACGUAGAAUUUUGUUUUGGGGUAAAACAUCACGGAUUAUCGCCACAAUUGGGCAACCUACAAGCUAUUUGGUUAUCAGAUAACCACUACUAUAUCUUCAUUGUUACUUUUAUUUUAGUCAAUUCGUUUUCACGAGUCAUUUGGAGAUGUAUCGUCGCGGACCGGCAAAGAAGGACCACAACAACAAACCAGUGAAGAAGGAUGUGAGUGACAGUGAUAAAUACGCCGACCUCUUGGUGUUCGGAUAUGCCUGCAAACUGUUUCCAGACGACGAAAGGGCUCUUUACCACGAACAUGGAAAACAUCUUAUCCCAUGGAUGGGGGACAAGAGCAUCAUGAUUGAUAGAUACGAUGGGCGUGGUCACUUACAUGACCUUUCAGAGUAUGACAGCGGGUCAUGGAAUACAUCUUACCAGCUGUCAGAGGAGGAGGCGAGGAUUGAGGCGUUGUGCGAUGAGGAGAGGUACCUGGCUCUGCACACGGACCUGCUGGAAGAAGAGGCCAGACAAGAGGAGGAGUACAAGCGUCUGAGUGAGGCUCUGGCCGAUGAAGGCACCUACAACGCAGUGGCCUUCAAAUACAGUGCUGACUACUAUGACCCCUCUCAGCCCACUGAGGAGGAGGAUGCUAACCGGGAAUCAGAAGAGGCAGAGCCGGAGGAGAGUGAGGAACCGUUUGUGGCUCCCCCAGGGCUUGCUAUCCCUCCUGAUGUGGAACUGCCGGCAACCAUCAAGACCCAUAACAUCAUCGAGAGGACAGCCAACUUUGUGUCUCAGCAGGGGGCUCAGUUUGAAAUAGUCCUGAAAGCGAAGCAGUCUGGUAACUCCCAGUUUGACUUUCUUCGUUUUGACCAUUACCUCAACCCGUAUUACAAACACAUCCUGCGGGCCAUGAAGGAAGGUCGAUACAACCUCAUCUCCACCAAGAAGCAGGAGCAAUCGCAGGAAUCCCACUCUGACGAUUCAGAUGACGAUGGAGAUGGCAGUUAUCUCCAUCCCAGCCUCUUUGCCCCUAAAAAGUGCUCUCGCCUGGAGGAGCUUGUGAAGCCUCUGAAAGUUAUGGACCCAGACCAUCCUCUGGCAGCACUUGUGCGAAAAGCUAAACAGGAAAGGAAUGGCACAGCAGCAGUAGUAACUGAACCAGAGGAAGUGACGGACCCAGCUGCAUCCAGCACACCAGCUCAGUACACCGCUGACCCUAAUGCAGCAGCAAUGUACUACGGGUACUACAUGCUUCCUGAUGGGACUUUCUGCUUGGCCCCGCCUCCUCCUGGGAUCGAUGCCAGUGCGUACUAUAACAGCAUGCCCUCAGCUGUCAUGGCUGCUCCUACCUCGUCUGAGGCUUUGCCUAGUCUGGGAACUACACCCACCCCUCCUGAAACUAUUGCUAUGGCACCACCAGCUACAGUCGCCUCUCAGGUCACCAGCUCUGCUGCUCCUGUGGUUGUACCAGAAACCAGUUUGAAACCCGAAGCUCCAGUUUCCACACCAGCAACACCAGCCAUCAUUCCCCCUCCGCCUGACACCCAGCCAGUCAUAGACAAGCUGGCUGAAUAUGUCGCAAGAAACGGUCUUAAGUUUGAGGCCAGUGUCCGUGCCAAGAAUGAUCCACGGUUUGACUUCUUGCAGUCCUGGAAUCAGUAUAACACAUAUUAUGAGUUUAAGAAGAAUUACUUCAUGCAGAAGGAAGGAAAAUGCUUUUCAGAGAGUGACACAGUAAAUGAUGAUGACAAGCUUCAAUCAGACACGUCAGUCAAAGACUCCAAGCUGACAAAAGCCUCUUUCGCCCCCAUCUGUUUCGCCAUCAAGGCAAAGGAAAAUGACAUGCUGCCGCUGGAGAAGAACAGAGUUCGAUUGGACGAUGACUCGGACGAGGACAAGUUGCUGGAGGAGCAGGGGUUGGAAUCUAUAAUGGGUGGAGCUGAGAUGGCUGACAAGGAGGCUGCUCCUGCUAGUGCGCCAGAAGAGAAGAAACCCUCCCUCACCUUGGAGGAGUUGGAGGCAAAACAAGCCAAGCAGAAACUGGAGGACCGUCUCGCAGCUGCAGCCAGGGAGAAGCUGGCCCAGGCAUCUAAGGAGUCCAAGGAGAAACAGCUACAGGCAGAGAGGAAGAGGAAGGCAGCACUCUUCCUGCAGACCCUCCGUGGACCCUUUGCUGGGGAACCUGAGGCCAAGAGAGCUGAGCUUGACUCAACAGCACAGUUUGAGCUGCAAGAAGCCCUCUCUGUCCUGUCUGACCCUGCGUCUCCCCAAGUGUCCUCUGCACCAGCUGCGUACCCUCAGGAUCAAAGACUUGUCGUGGAGAACAAAGGAGCCUAUCGCAGCAGGGAGGCCCCAUCUUCUUCGUCCUCCCACUCUACGUCCAGAGGAGCCGCAAAAGACAGAGACAGAGAUAGAGAUAGGGACAGAGAGAGAGACAGAGAAAGAGAUAGAGAUAGGGAUCGAGACAGAGACAGGAACAAAGGGAGGGACAAAGACAAAAAAAAGAAGAAACACAAGAGAAGGUCGAGAUCAAAGUCAAGGUCAAGCUCGAAGAGCAAACACUCCCUUCCCAGUGCCUACAGGAGAACCCGCAGGUCCCGAUCCCGCUCACACUCCCCGGGGAGAAGGGACAGGCGGGGCUCCUCAUCAGAGAGGAGACGAGAAGAGAGAGAGCGGGAUCGCUAUCAUCCCAGCAGCAGCUCCAGCCUGCCCAGAGGGCAUUCGAGAUCCAGGUCCCCUCCUGAAAAAAGGAAGAGCUCCUUGUCGUCCUCAGGACAGAUGCAAACUGUGGGUUCCUCUCUCUCCCCAUAUUCCUCGCCCUGCAGAGUUUUGUCCCCAUCAGCUAGCCCCGCCUCCAGCCUGACCCACUCAAGGGGCGGUUCUCUGGAGAAAGACAAGGCAGUGUCCUCAUCCAUAGUAUCCUCUGUUCAGUCCAAAAUAACUCAGGAUCUGAUGGCCAAAGUGCGAGCCAUGCUUGCCACCUCCAAGACUUUCCAACCUCCUAAUUCCUAAAGAAAACAUGGCCAAUCAGUGAUUGGCAUUCCCUGAUUUCAUGGAGAUUUAUUUGGCCUGGAUCUGUUUCAUCUAUGUGUUCAUCCUUGAUUUAUUAUUUCAUGUUGAUUUGAGCAUUGGCAGAUUCAGUUUGGCUACAUUAUGUCUUCUGCAGUAUUGUUAGAGUGAUGUAAAGGCACUCAUUAAGCUGAAAUACCUGGUUUCACACCUGACCUGAGAAAACAGCUCACCGGCUCAGAGCUCAUGACAGCAGUUGACAUGUUUUGGUGCAAAUGUGGAAAUAAAUCCCUAUGUUAAUUUGCAUCCUGUUUUAAAACACUUUUCUCCCACGUGAUGAGUCAUUCUUUGCAGCAUUGCGUAGAGCUGCUGGAGGUCCGUAUUCUCUCCUUCUAUGAAGGGUCGUGUUGUUUUGAUAAAUUCAAUUCUCUUCUCCCUCAUCUACUAUUCUCUGCUGUUGUUUUCCUUCUUAUGUCCGCCCCCAGCUGUCUUUUCCCUUCAGCACCUCACACGUCUGCUUGAGAAGCCCUUUUAAUUUUCUAUUGUGUCCCUCAGUUCUAGUGCGUGGCCUUCUACUUCUGUUCCUGGUUUGUACUGUAAUGGGAUUUAAUGCAGAACACCUUUCUAAUCCAAACUGUCAAUAAAGUUUCAGUUAUGAUUUA